UAAAAAUGGUAGACCUCUUCGUAGAAUUUUAGAGUCUCUUAUUUCCUUUUAUUGAUAAUAUCAUGUCGAGUCAACAAAAGAAACUUCAGUUUGCCCCAUUCAGUAGCUUUCUUGAUGCUGGUUUCUGGCACAAAUUAUCCGAAAAUAAACUAAAUGUAUAUGGCUUAGAUGAAACCCCUAAGUUAAUCAAUGGAUUUUAUUAUAAUGGUGAUCCAGUCGGUUUGCCAUGCAGAUUGAAUGUAGAGUAUUCAGCAUUUGAUAAGGUACCACAGGUUCCAUCAAGAUGUUUCAGAUCACAUGGUGUCUUGCAUAAUAUGAACACAAUAGACAAAUUUAAAGAAUGUGAUCACAAAGAAUUACUAGAGAAUGUUGGAAAGAAGGUCUGGGAAGAUAUUGUGAGCAAGAAAAUAGAAGAAAAUCCAUCCCUUUUAUCCAGAUUUCUGUUAUUAACAUUUGCAGAUCUGAAGAAGUAUAUUUAUUAUUAUUGGUUUGCAUUUCCAUGUUUAUGUAUGCCAGAAGAUGUUACUAUGGUUACAGAUCCUGUGAAUUUACCUGAAAGAUUAAACAGCCAGCAGAUAUCAGAAUUGAUAGCAGAAUAUGAUAAAUUUCAAAGUGCAUCAUCAGAAUUUGUUGGAUAUUUUAUUAUAGUACAGUCUAAGGAUAGAAUUGUUGUGGAUCAUCUUAGGAAUGUAGAAUCUUAUUCAAAAGAUACAUGUAAGAUAUAUUUUGGUUUUGCUGACCCAUGUACAUUAGAUAGUAAUCCAGGAUGGCCUCUUAGAAAUUAUCUGUUGUAUAUAAGUUACCACUGGGGAGAUAAGUUUAAAAAUGCUGAGAUUUUAUGUUUCCGUGAUAGAAGUAAAGAUGGAGUCAGAGACGUAUCACACAGUAUUAUUUUAACUCUUACUAUAUCCUCAACAAAGACUCUUACAGAGUGUCCAAAAAGUGUUGGUUGGGAGAAAAAUGAAAGACAAAAACUUGGUCCAAGAGUUGUCAAUCUAAGUUCAAGUAUGGAUCCUGUCAGAUUAUCAGAAUCUGCGGUUGAUUUAAAUUUAAAGUUAAUGAGAUGGAGAUUAUUACCUGAACUUGACCUUGAGAAAGUUGCUGGAACCAAAUGUUUAUUACUAGGGGCUGGAACUUUAGGAUGUAAUGUAGCUAGGUGUUUAAUGGGAUGGGGUGUAAGACAUAUUACCCUGAUUGAUAAUGGAAGAAUAUCCUACUCUAAUCCAGUCAGACAAUCAUUAUUCCAGUUUGAGGAUUGCUUGAAUGGGGGCAAACCUAAAGCUGAAGCUGCUGCAGAGGCACUGAAAAAGAUCUUUCCUGGUGUUAUAGCUACAGGAAUUUCAUUGUCUAUUCCAAUGCCUGGUCACUCUGUUUCGGAUGGAUCAUUAGAAAUGAUCAAAAAUGAAGUCCAACAAUUAGAUGAACUUGUACAAUCCCAUGAUGCAUUGUUCCUUUUACUAGAUACCAGAGAAAGUAGAUGGCUUCCAACUGUCAUGGCUGCAGCUUAUCAGAAGAUAGUGAUAUGUGCUGCAUUGGGUUUUGACACAUUCCUUGUAAUGAGACAUGGUUUCCACACAGGAGAAGAUAACCCUGAGAAAAUUGCCUUCUCCAGUACCAUGUCAAUACCUGGUGACCAGUUAGGAUGCUAUUUCUGUAAUGAUGUAGUGGCACCAGGCAAUUCUACAAGGGACAGAACUUUGGAUCAGCAGUGCACUGUAUCCCGCCCAGGCAUGUCAUAUUUGGCUAGUGCUCUUGCUGGAGAAUUGCUUGUAUCUGUGAUACAACAUCCACUGGGACCAAAAGCGCCAGCAGAUACCAGUGCUAAGGAUGAAAAUUUAUCACAAGAGUUGUCAUGUAACCUUGGGAUUGUUCCUCAUCAGAUUAGAUGUUUCCUGUCUAGAUUUCAUCAACUAUUACCUGCUAGUAUGGCUUUUGAUAAAUGUACAGCAUGUUCAAAAAUUGUCAUAGAUGCCUACAAGAAGGAAGGUUUUGACUUUCUACUGAAAGCUUUUAAUGAUCCAACAUAUUUAGAAAAUCUGACAGGUCUUACACAGAUGCAUCAAGAAACAUUAGAUGCAGAGGUAUGGGAUUAUAGUGAUGAUGAGGAGUGCAGUAGUAUGGAAAUAACGUGAUAACACUUAACAUUGUAGACAAUUUUAAAACUUGAUAAACUGAUAUUGAUCAUUCAACAAUCAUUUGUUUAGGGACAUGAUUUAUAAUAGGAAUAAUAUUUGUUGCUUUAUAACUAAAGUGUAUAAACUAUUGCAAAAAUUUCAAAGAAACAAUUUUUUUUAACAAUCUUGCUCAUUGCCACUUUUUGCUUAUAAGUUUGCCUCUCUGUAUUUGCUUCAGAUUUUUUUUAAUAGGAUCCUUUAAUCCUGUAACUUAUUGUCAGUUUUCUUCCAAAGCCCACUUUUCAAAAUUUUCUAUUGAUUCCUUUUACCGGUUGCCCAUUGCAACACCUUUUUAAGUCCUUCUUUCCUUUUUUUAGGGCCAAGUGAGCUUUUCUCAUCACUUUGCGUCCGUCGUCGUCGUCGUCGUCGUCGUCAUCCUGCAUCCUGUUAACUUUUACAAAAAUCUUCUCCUCUGAAACCACUGGGCCAAAUUUAACCAAACUUGGCCACAAUCAUCAUUAGGGUAUCUAGUUUAAAAAAAUGUGUCCAAUGACCCUGCCAACCAACCAAGGUGGCCGCCAUGGCUAAAAAUAGAACAUAGGGGUAAAAUGUAGAUUUUGGCUUAUAUCUCUGAAACCAAAGCAUUUAGAGUAAAUCUGACAAGGAUAAAACUGAUUAUCAGGUCAAGAUCUAUCUGCCCUGAAAUUUUCAGACAAAUCUGACAACCUGUUGUUGGGUUGCUGCCCCUGAAUUGGUAAUUUUAAGAAAAAUUUUGCAGUUUUGGGUAAUUAUCUUGAAUAUUAUUAUAGAUAGAGAUAAACUGUAAACAGCAAUAAUGUUCAGCAAAGUAAGAUCUACAAAUAAGUUGUCAUGACCAAAAUUGUCAGUCGACCCCUUUAGGAGUUAUUGCCCUUUAUAGUCAAUUUUUUUUUUAACAAUUUUUGUAAAUUUUUGUAAUCUUUUACAAAAAUCUUCUUCUCUGAAACUACUGAGACAAAUUUAACCGUACUUGGCCAUAAUCAUUAUUAGGGUAUCUAGUUUUAAAAAUUUGUCCGAUGACCCUGCCUUCCAACCAUCAUGGCCGACUUGGUUAAAAAUAGAACAUAGGGGUAAAAUGCAGUUUUUGGUUUAUAUCUCUGAAACUAAAGCAUUUAGAGCAAAUCUGACAGGUGGCAAAAAUGUUCAUCAGAUUUAGAUUUAUCUGCCAUGAAAUUUUCAGACGAUUCCGACAACCCGUUGUUGGAUUGCUACCCCUGAGUUAGUUAUUUUACGAAAAUUUUGCAGUUUUUUGUUAUUAUCUUAGAUAUCAUUAUAUAAUAUCUAAUAUCUAAUACUAUUAAUUAUGAUUUUAACCUUAUUUAACAUGAUUUUCAAAGCAUCAGUAAAUACAGAUGAGCGACACAGGAUCUUGAGAGCAUCUUGUUUUUAUUAUAAACUUUCUUGGCCUGUAUUUUUUUGCCGCAUUUGCCUGAAACACCUCAAUCUCAUUAACCAAACAUAUUUAUGGCUUUAUAAUGUGUUAAUUUUACCAAACAAGUGGUAGUGGUAUAAAAAUGGGGUUUUUAUGUAUUGGUAACUAUUUUUUGUUAAGGAUUUAUUUAUUAUUAAUUAUGAAGUUGAAAAUAAACUAACAGAUUCUGA